GGUUUUCUAUGUUUUGGUGGUAAUGGCGGUGGUGGAUUAGGUGGUUUGUCAGAGAAAGAAUAUGUUGAUGAUAGUGAACUGAAGUAUAAUCAAAGUUCUGGUGUUUAUACAAUGGCGGACGGUACAAUGUUUAUACCAGUUCAACCUUUACAUAAGGGGGCCACACAGAAAAGAGCAGGUGAUCGCCAGUAUGAAGAGGAAGAAAGUCGUGGAUUGUUUUCUUGUUGUGGUGAACGAAGGUUUCGAAGAAGACCCUCGGCCGAUAUGGUUUAUGAUGAGGCGGAAGGAGUGUAUACCUUAAAGGAUGGAACCAUGUACACACCAAUAAAACCCGAGAAAACAAAUGAUCCCGAGAAAAGCGUAAUAUGGCGGAAUGCUCCUGAUGUCGACAGUAAGAAUUGGUUUAUUCACCACGGGGGAUAUGCAGGUGAAAUUAAAGGCCCUAAAUCUAGAAAAUAUGAUCCAAGAGAUGUAGAGAAGUUUGGCAAAGAGGACUUCAAAAGUGAUAAACAGAAUGGCCAUUGGUUCCUUGGAAAUCCAGACAAAUCAAACAACAACCGUAACCUAGUAACUACAAGUCUUAGAGAAAGUCACCAAAAACCAACAACUGUAUAUGUCGUUGACGAGGAUCCCAGACUUAAAGAACACGUCCCAUCACCAAGACCCAAAUCACCUGUUACACCAAAAGCCAUUGUUGUACAAAGUCCGCCACAAAACGUAGAACCACAGCCAAGGGCGGCCCCGGGGGUUAUAGUCGUCCACGGCAAGAACACGGACAAGGAUAAAAACAACGCCAAAGAUUCAAAAGAUGAUAACCAUAAAGAUAAUUUUAUGUCCAAGGAUGACAACGAGAAGAAUAACAAGAAACAGGGGAAAUCUAAAUCGGAUACGAAGAUAGUCGUCAUCAACGUCAACCACAGGGACAAGGGGCGGUCGAAGUCAAAAAAUAACGAGAAGAACCCAAAUGACUUGUACAGUGACAAAGGCAACAACAAUGAUGACACACCAGUGGUUCAGACUAAUAAUUACGUAACCAGAAGUUUGGAUGAUAGCCAUUUGCCACUUCCCGUAUCCACUCCGUCAGACACUGGUACAAGAGAUACAUUUAGCAUGGCGGAUGUGAAUGAUUUGAUUAACUCUGGUUUGAUUAAUGAUACCGAUGGAUCCACCGAUGAAGAGGGCCCACAUAAAAUCAACCCCGAUUCCAGUUUUGUGGACGCUGUUAACAGAGAGUUGAUCCUUGAGAAAAUGAGAAAAAAGAAGAGAAAUGAUAAGGUCUGGAUUCCUCACAGUCACCCAGUUCGAAAUAGCAAACAUUUCACUAAAUAAUCUACAAUAUGACCCUUUUAAUUGUCUGCAAAAGUUCGGUCUAAAUAAACGACAAUUACAGUCAUGGCGAAUGUACUGCACUACAAAUAUGGGAAUAUAUAACUUGUAAAAUCACGUUAUAACUAUUAUUCUCACGCUUAAGAUGUUGAAAUUUUAUAUUUAUUGACUAUGGGUAUUCUAAAUAAUUUUAAUUCGGGUCAUUUUGCACAAAGCACGGUCACCAUUCUAUAUAUUCGCUACAAAUCAGGACCGGUAUUUUGGGGUUCCGUGGAAAUUACCAGAAUUUGAUUUGCGAUAUCACGCGUACACUUUUAUUACCAAAAUAUAUCAGAAUUAACAUAUUUAUAAUCGUGUGUCGGUAUCAAUAACAGUCUAAAGAAUCAUCCGAAGUCGAUCCAAAGGCAAACGUACCGUCACUGUCACCUGUACCUGACAAUGUUCUGCUGUGUAAUUUUCGUGCUUUAGGUGGUGGUGGAAAUACGUCAAUACCAGACUUUUGAAACAUAAAUCGAAAGUGGUCGAUGAUCAUAAUGAUAGCUAAGUUUCCUCAUACAAUCUUACCAGAUUCACAAGGCUACAUAGCAUUUUUUUCAAUUAUUUUCAAAGCACGGAUUUCAGAUUUUCAAAGCACGGAUAAUAAUAAAAAUAAUAAUAAUAACUAGAACUCCACGGGAAUACUGGAGGGUUUCACAACACCAAAACGUCAUGGUGAGCAGCUGUAGCAUUCUUCACGACAAUUUGUAAUCGAGGUUAAGCUCGAGAACAAGACGUGAUUGGAGUUUACGCAAAUUA